CAGAUGGACAACCUGACAUUCAGAUACAGCAUACUCUUAAUGGAGGGACUACAAGUUACACAUCUGUCCAAUCAUUUUGUUUUCAUCCUUUUUUUGCUUGCUUACAUAUUUAUUAUAGUAUCUAACAUUGGGAUUUUGAUUCAGAUCUCAUUGGAAAAAAGGUUACAUCAGCCUAUGCACAUACUUUUCUGCAACUUGCAACUGAAUGAUGUAUUAGGGACAAUUGCUCUUUUACCACGCCUGAUGAGUCAUAUCUUAACAGACCCCUCUGAGCGCUACAUCACAUAUGUGGAGUGUGCUAUGCAAGCUUUUUUUGGACAUGUAUAUGGAACCGCAUCCCACACAAUUCUAAUGAUCAUGGCCUUUGACAGAUAUGUGGCCAUAUGCAAUCCAUUGCGAUACUCAACAAUAAUGAGCAAUAACAUGGUGGUUAAACUUUCUGCAGGAGCCUGGGGUGCUGCAGUAGUGCUGGUGGGAAUUCUGAUCAGCCUCAGUGUGCGUCUGUCUCACUGCAGAUCUGUGAUUCAAAAUCUGUUUUGUGACAACGCUUCACUAUUUAAACUGUCCUGUGAAAAUAUAGUUAUUAAUAAUGUAUAUGGAUUAACUUUUACUGUGGUUUUACUAACGUCCUCAUUGGGGAGUGUGGUAUUUACAUAUCUCAGAAUAGUGAUGGUAUGCUUCAAAAGCAAAAACAAAGCAACCAACAGCAAAGCAAUAAAAACCUGCAGUGCUCACCUGGCUGUUUAUAUAAUCAUGAUGGUUUCUGGAUUCACCACCAUUUUUCUUCAUCGUUUCCCUGCAUUAUCUGAAAGUAGAAAUUUAUCUAGUGUUAUGUUCCAUGUUAUUCCACCAAGCUUGAAUCCCAUAAUAUAUGGGUUGCAAGCAAAGGAAAUAAGACAAAGACUGUUUAAACUAAUUUAUAAAUAUAAAGUUAACUCAAUGUGA